UUGUCAUAAGAGUAAGUCAGUGACACUCUCUCACUCAUCUCUCUCUCUCUCUCUCUCUCUCUCUCUCUAUAAUAUUUCUUCACCAUUUUCUCUUUCUAAAAUCUUCAUCAAUUUCUCUCCUCUCUGUCUCUGGAAACAAACAUGGCGACCCGCAAGCUGAUCGUGGAAGUGUGCAACGCCAAGAACCUAAUGCCGAAAGACGGACAGGGGACGGCGAGCGCCUACGCGAUCGUCGACUACGACGGGCAGCGGCGGCGGACGAAGACGAAGCAGCGAGAUCUCAACCCCGAGUGGGACGAGAAGCUAGAGUUUCUUGUCAACGACAGCGAAUCCAUGGCCACCGAGAUGCUGGAGAUCAACAUCUACAACGACAAGAAGGCCGCCAAGCGCAGCACUUUUCUAGGAAAAGUAAAGAUUCCGGGAAAUACUUUUGUGAAAUCUGAUGCGGCGGCGCUGGUUUACUUUCCGCUGGAGAAGCGGAGCGUGUUUUCUCAGAUCAAGGGCGAGGUCGGAUUGAAGAUUUAUUACAUUGACGAAGAUCCUCCCGCGCCCCCACCGGCAGAGGAGGAGAAGAAGCAGGAGGCAGCGCCUGAUACUCAGCCUGCGACGGAGGAGAAGCCGCCCGAGAAUCCAAAAUCAGAGGAUCAAAAUCCAGAGGCUGCUGCGGCGAAAGCAGAGGAAAAGAAAGAGGAGACUGACAAUAAACAAGAAGAAAAGCCUAAGGAGGAGGCGAAACCGGAGGAGAAGCCGAAUCCACCGGAAAAGGCUGAGGAGGCUUCAGCUGCUGCCACACCACCAGCUCCGCCGCCGGAGGUUCAAAAUCCUCCAAUCGCGUACGCAGUGGCGGAGAAAACAAAGCAAACGGAGAAAGAGAAGAACGCGCAAGUGAUCAACGGCGGAAUCAGCGAGCUCGAGCUUCAGCCGUUGGUUCGGGAUCGGAGCCGGAACGCGUACGAUCUCGUCGAUCGUAUGCCGUUCCUAUAUGUCCGGGUCGUCAAAUCCAAGAGAGCAAAUGCGGGUCCUACCAGCACCGAAUCCGUUUACGCAAAGCUGGCGAUCGGAACGCACAGCAUCAAAACCAAGACUCAGAUUGACGGCAAAGAUUGGGAUCAAGUAUUUGCUUUUGACAAGGAAGGAUUGAAUUCGACGUCGCUGGAAGUUUCCGUAUGGGCGGAGGCGCAGGAGAAGAAGGAAAACGAACCGCCGAUUAAAACAGAGAGCUGCCUCGGGACUGUGUCGUUCGAUCUGCAGGAGGUGCCGAAGCGAGUCCCCCCGGACAGUCCUCUGGCUCCUCAAUGGUACACUCUGGAGUCCGAGAAGUCGGCGGGAAAUGACGUCAUGCUGGCGGUGUGGAUUGGGACUCAGGCGGACGAGGCGUUUCAGGAGGCGUGGCAGUCCGAUUCAGGCGGGUUGAUACCGGAGACCCGAGCCAAGGUGUAUCUGUCUCCAAAGCUUUGGUAUUUGAGACUAACGGUCAUCCAGACCCAGGAUCUGCAGCUAGGUUCGGGAUCCGAAGCUAAACCCAAGGCUCGAAAUCCCGAACUUUACGUGAAAGCCCAGCUGGGUCCGCAGCUUUUCAAGACCAGUAGGACGGCCGUAGGGUCCACGUCCUCGAGCUCCGCCAACCCAACUUGGAACGAAGACUUGGUGUUUGUGGCAGCCGAGCCGUUUGAGCCGUUUCUGCUUUUGACCGUUGAAGACGUAACUAAUGGGCAGUCUGUGGGCCACGCCAAAGUACACGUGCCGAGUGUCGAGAGGAGGAUCGAUGAUCGAGCCCAGCCAAAGUCCAUGUGGUUCAAUUUGGUCGGCGACGAGACGCGUCCUUACGCGGGAAGAAUACACCUGCGAGUUUGUUUGGAAGGCGGGUAUCACGUGCUGGAUGAGGCGGCGCACGUAACCAGCGAUGUUAGAGCGGCGGCGAAGCAGCUUGCGAAACCACCGAUUGGGUUGCUGGAAGUUGGUAUUCGCGGGGCCACCAAUUUGCUACCGGUGAAGACCAAAAAUGGCGUGCGUGGGACCACCGAUACUUACGUGGUUGCCAAAUACGGGCCGAAGUGGGUCCGGACCCGAACCAUUCUCGACCGGUUUAAUCCACGGUGGAACGAGCAGUACACUUGGGACGUAUACGAUCCUUGUACGGUUCUCACUAUUGGAGUUUUUGAUAACGGAAGGUACAAGAGCGAUGAAGCGGGAAAACCCGAGAAGGAUAUUCGGGUCGGGAAGAUCCGUCUGCGGCUAUCGACUUUGGAUGUUAAUCGUGUGUACAUGAGUUCAUAUUCCCUUACGGUGUUGCUUCCUGGUGGGGCCAAGAAAAUGGGAGAGAUUGAGAUAGCCGUUAGAUUCUCAUGCUCAUCGUGGAUUAGUCUGAUCCAAGCUUACACGUCACCAAUGCUUCCUAGGAUGCACUACGUGCGCCCACUAGGUCCGGCGCAGCAAGAUAUUUUGAGGCACACGGCUAUGCGGAUUGUUACGGCUCGGCUUGCAAGGUCCGAGCCGCCUUUGGGACAAGAGGUGGUUCAGUUCAUGUUGGAUUCGGACACACACGUGUGGAGCAUGAGGAGAAGCAAGGCCAAUUGGUUUCGAGUGGUGGGGUGCCUGUCACGUGUGGCAACUUUGGCCCGUUGGCUCGAUGGAAUCCGCACGUGGAUGCACCCGCCCACCACUGUUUUAGUUCACUUGCUGCUUGUGGCGGUUGUGGUUUGUCCGCACUUGUUGUUACCCACCGUGUUCAUGUACGCCUUCUUGGUCCUACUGGUACGGUCGCGGUAUCGUCAACGGGGCCCACAUAAUAUGGACCCAAGGAUGUCGUACGUCGAUGCGGUGAGCCCGGACGAGCUGGAUGAGGAGCUCGAUGGGUUUCCGUCCACGCGACCGGCGGAUAUAGUUCGUAUCCGAUAUGAUCGACUGCGAGCCCUCGGAGGUAGGGCCCAAACACUUUUGGGAGACGUGGCAGCCCAGGGGGAGCGUUUGGAAGCCCUGUUUAAUUGGAGGGACCCAAGGGCAACGGGAAUAUUUGUGGUGUUUUGCUUGGUAGCUUCUUUGGUGUUUUACAUGGUUCCUUUCAAGGCCUUUGUGUUAGGGUCAGGGUUCUACUACUUGCGCCACCCACGGUUCCGUGACGACAUGCCGUCGGUUCCGGUAAACUUUUUCCGGCGAUUGCCGUCGCUCUCUGACCAGAUUAUGUAGGGUGAUCCGUCUGUAUGGGGUGUAUUUUUUGUUGCACUCUCUUGGUGAAGUACGUAGUUACUCGUUAAGUUGCUAGCCGCAAGCUGAUGAUGUAUUAUUUUUGUUUUUUUUAUUAUUUCUCAUGGGUAUUUCAUAUGAAGAUUUUUUUUUUUUUUA